UCCUGAAGUUCUCUGAAAAGACGAAGAACCUGCCUGCCUUUACAAAUGUCUGGAGGAAUCUUCUCUCCUUUGGAUAAACUUUUUGACCCAGACAGUGCAAACUGCCAUCCGCUGGUGUGUCACUUGUGCCGUGAGCAAUAUGAGCAUCCGUGCCUACUGGACUGUUACCACACUUUCUGUGCCAGCUGCCUGCGCGGUAGAGCCGUGGACAGCCGGCUUACAUGCCCCCUCUGUGGGCACCAGUCUAUUGUGAAAGGGGUGUGUGCGUUGCCUCAAGAGGACCGACUGCUGAAGUUCUUGGUGGAUAAUUCUGCAGACAGCGAGGAAGUCGUGCAGUGUGCCAACUGUGACUGGGAGUGCAAGAAACAGGAUGUGGAUGCAAUGUAUUAUUGCAACACUUGCAACCAGCCCCUUUGUGGAAACUGCAGAGAAGCCACCCACAAGGCCAAGAUGUUCUCACGCCAUGAAAUUGUCUCUCUGGCAAAGCGCACCAAAGAAGCCCACAAAAAGUGUGCCCUCCAUGAGGAACUAUACAUCAUGUUCUCUACAGAGAAGAAGUCUAUGCUUUGCAUCAACUGUUUCCGAGACAUGCCAGUGGAGAGCAGAGCGCACUGCAUUGAUAUUGAGACAGCCUAUAUGCAAGGCUGUGAAAAACUGGACCAAGCCGUUUUAGCUGUGAAAGAACUCCAGACAUCAGCACGAGAAGCCAUUGUUCUCCUGAAAGCUAUGAUUGGAGAAGUCAGGGCGAACGUGGACGAGGAGGAGAGUGCAAUUUGUACCCUUUUUAACAGCAUGCAGGAAAAACUAGCAGAGAGAAAGAAGAUUCUACUUAAAGCAGCUCAGAGCCAGCAUGAGGAGAAGGAACGGGCUUUUAAAGAGCAGCUGUCACACCUGGCUGCACUGCUGCCAACUCUCCAGGUCCAUCUGGUUACAUGCUCUGCUUUCCUUAGUUCAGCAAACAAGUUUGAGUUUCUAGACAUGGGUUAUCAACUAAUGGAGAGGCUGAAGAAGAUUGUAAAGCUGCCACACAGACUCAGACCAUCACAGAGCAGUAAGAUCAACACGGAGUAUCGUUCGGAAUUUGCCCGCUGUCUGGAGCCCCUGUUACUUCUGGGUCAGCGACGCUCAGUGUCCUCGGCAGGCAGCGUCUCAGGACUGGGCAACAGUGGUGGACUGCUGCCAUCGGUGACCUGUCACUCCCAAACAGGCGGACAUAUGACUCUAGACUCCUCAGUGGUUCGAAAGCCCACUUCUCACCGCUACAUCAGCACUAAGGUCCUCCUGGCUGAGGGUGGAGAAAGUCCAUUCAUGGACCACUGCCGAAAUUACGAGAACAGCUACAAGAACUUGCAGACAGAAAUCCAGAAGCUUAAAGACCAUGUGCAGGAGACUCACAGAGACCUGACUAAACAUCAUUCCCUCAUAAAGACAGACACCAUGAGCGAAAUCCUGGAUAGGUCUCUGGAGAUGGACAGAGAGAUAUCAUCAGAAUACAAAUCUGUCGAGAUAAUGAGGGCCAUGUUUGAAGAGAUCUGGGAAGAGACAUUCCAAAGGGUGGCAAACGAGCAAGAAAUUUAUGAAGCACAACUUCAUGACUUAGUUCAGCUAAAGCAAGAAAAUACCUACCUGACGACUAUUGCUCGGCAAAUAGGUCCAUAUAUACGAUCCAUAGCGAAGGUGAAGGAACGCCUAGAACCCAGCAGGCUCAAGGAGCCAAAGGAGCUUAAAGAUGACUGCACUGAGACCAUGCUGAAACUUUAUGAGGACAGCAGCAUGGCAGCUGAUACUCAGCGCAGCAAUGAACUCACAUGUGCACAUGAAGACUUCUGCAAUCUGAAUCUAUCUGACGACUCCAGUCUCAAAAGCAAGGACCUGUACAGGCUGAACAAGCAGAAAUGUACCACAGACACGAGCCACUGCAUCCCUGUUAAACCACAACUCAGCUGAUUAAGCAGCCUGACAAAUCCCUUGACUAUUUGUAGUACUUGCAAAAACAAGUCAAUAGAUAAUGCAUUGCUGAGGUUUAAGGUGCAACUGAUCUGCUUUGGCUUGUACUAAUUAAAGCAAAAUCAAAAACCAAGUCGAUAUUCAUACACAGUGUUUAUAUUAAGUGUUUAUUUUAGAGGUUUGUAGUAAUUUGUAUGCUAAAUAAUCAUACAGUUCACUUUCCUUCCCAUUUUUCGUACUGUAAUACUUAUAUACUGCAACUUGCCAUCCUGCUAUACAUGAAUGAAACCUUGAUGAUAGACAAUGAAUAGAAACUGUUUUAGUGGAUAUUCGUCAAUUAGUGCAACAAAACCUGCAGCCAUCCUUCCAGUCAUCCACCGAAAUCAGUUCAUAUUGAAAAUGGAUGUAAAGAUGAGUAAAUGGUUCUGGAUAUGGCUCAAAAACAAAUGCAAUAUCGGUCUAGUUUAAUUGUAAGAAAUAAACAUAGUAGAAAAUAUUGACAUGGUGAUCUAAUAAAAAACAGAAAGAGGAAUUGACCAAAAUAUAUGCAAUGCAUAGAAGUUGUAGAAAAUCACAUACUCCUCCAUGUGUGCUUGUACUAAUAGGGUUUUCUUGCUGAUAGACUUUGAGUAUCCAGGGUGCCAAUAAAUAUGUUACAAUCUGUUACAGUUGGCCAUUUCAGGCAGAAUCCAAUUAGCAAAUAGACACUUCCGCCCACUCAACUUAUGGUUGAAUUUUGCUCACGGCACCAAGUUUGCCAUUAAAGUGGCACAUAAUAUUUAGGAAAGGGGUUUAUUACAGAUUGUCAGCAUUCUGCAAUGAGAUCUGCAUGUGCCCAAACCUGCCUGAACAGAAAACAACAAAACAACGUUUAGAAAUAUCAAAAUGUUUCAAAAGAACAUUACAAAUUUCUCUCUGUCUCUCCUCACAUCAACAUGAUACCAAAUUGAGACCCAUAAUCCCUGAAUAAUAAUAAUAAUGUGUGGUCUUGGAGGAGAACAUCUUUAAUAUAAUCCAUUCACAGCACUGCUCUAAGAUUUAAAAAACUGGAGCGCUUUUUUUUUUUUGUAUUUUUUUCAACCAGAUUUUACACUUGAUGCUUUGUUGGUCAACGCUGCCGGUUGGCAAUUUUAGUUUAGACGCUACAAUUGUCUACAUGCAGGAAAGUAGGAAAGUUUCCAAUAGAAAAGUUUACUUACUUUCUUCCUAUUCUAGGAAAAACAUGUAAAGCAAUUAAUACGAUAGUGUGUAUGUAAACCUUUCUGGUAUCUACAUCUUAACUAAAACAGAAAAGCUGCAGCUUUUUUCCCUUGCAAGUGCUUGGUGGUUAGCAUACAACCCCACAUAUACGUGCACUCUGGUUCCCAUGGCAACAGGCAUAAAUAUCGUUUGACUGACCUGCGCAGGACAGCAAGCAGUUUUCUUUUACUCUAUCGUUAUCAUUGCACAUAUCUGUAUCUGUAGGUUUGUUUAUUUUAUUUGGUAUUUUAUUAUAAUUCUAUUUUAACAUUUUUCUCUCCAUUUUUCCUUUCUUUUAGACCAAUAAAGUACAUUUUCACUCGCUUAUUUCAUUAACUGAUCUUAACUAUACUUUUAUAGUGUGUCAAUUUUGACAAAUACUAAUGGAUUUAAUUCAUUAUUU